AUGGCUGCAGGCGACUGGGCAAAGGUCGGGCUAGGCUUCGCACCCUCGCCCGCAUCGUCCUCCUCGUCCCGCACAGCCUCGAAACCAUCGCAGAGCAAAGCAGCGACGCGCCGACCCCCGCCAGCCAGCGCUGCACGCGCGAGCCAGCGGCGCCUGCUCCCUCUCUCCAAGGCUGCACUCGUCACGCCUCGCGACUCUCCUGCUUCGACUUCCAGCCAGUCUAGAUCGAAGCAGUCUAAGCUGAUUUUUGGUGGAAGCGCGGCGAGCGGGAGUCGGAGGAAGGCGCUUGCGGAGAAGGGUACCAACGGGGCGGACGAGUCGCUCAGCGGGCGUGCGAAGGGGAAGGGCAAGGCUCGCGCUCGAGACGACGACGACGGAGAUGAGGAUGAAGAGGACAUGCAGGAGAGGGAGAAGGAAGAGAAGCCCGGUUUCCUCCGCCGCUUCAUCUUCGGCGCCGGACGAACCAAAUCCACUCCUGCCGCCGCCUCCCGCUCAACUCCUUCUCUCGGCCGCACCAUCCUCCGACCAUCUCAGCCUCGCCACGGCACAACAAUCGAGUUCGACCAUUCACAGCCUGCCGACCAGUCGUGGGAAGACGAGUUGGCCGGCGAGGAGGACAGGCGGAAGAGGCGGAGGACGGAGGAGAAGGCGCGGUGGGGAGGGCUGGAGAUGUGCGAUGAGGAGGUGCAUGGUGGGUUUGGGAUGGGUUCGCAAGGCGGCGAGGUGGUCGGCAGUACGAGCGGGAGGAGGAGCGGCCGCCGGCUCGAGGCGGACGUAGGCAGCGGAUCUUCCUCGGCGCGCAGGACGCGGCGUACAAGCGAGCAGUACGAACAAGACGUCACGCUUGCCGUCGACGACGAGGCAGAGUCGUCAGCCGAACCCUCGACACUUGACUCGUCCGCCUCUCCCGCCGACCUCGACACUCGCGCACCCUCCGCCCCGCUCUACUCGACCGUUCGCUCCCACGCCCGUGGCGUAUCUGUCGAAGCAUCUCCCUCGACUGCCUCAUCGACCUCGAGCACGGCCGAUACCCUCCAAGCGCAACUCGUUCCUCACGCGCCGGUGAAGCGCAAGCCGAUCGUCCUCGUUCCGGACUCAGACCCACCUAGUGGUGCUGAAGACCAUGAUGAGCUUUCCGAGAACGAGGCGGAGGAAGACGAGCGGGAGCUGGACGAGCUGGUCGAGAGAUUGGGAGGGAAGGGCGCAGCAGUGGACGACUCCGGCUUUGCGGAGGGCGAGCAGUUCGGCCAAGAGGACGACCAGAUGGUCAAUCUGCAGGCGGACGAGGAGGAGAAGCCGGCUGCGACGAUGCUCGCCGCCAUCGACUUAACCACCGCCUCGUCCUCGCCAAUCCCCGUUCGUCGCCCCUCCGCUCGCGCGUCUUCAUCGGACAACUCAUCGACCUCGCCGUCGAGCGAAGACGACGUCAAGCCAUUUGGCGUUGGUUCGAGAAGCAACUCGAGCGCUGGAGCGACAGGCAAACCGCUUGGCCCUUCCGACUCGGCCUUACUCAUGCCGCCUCCCGUCGCGCGCUUCAAGCGUCUCAGACGAGGCGCGCCUUCGUCACGCGAGUCUCAGAACGGAUCGGACUCGCCGGAGCAGGAGUCGCAAAUCAAGCCGUCGAAGAAGCGUCCUCGCGUCUUGGUCGAAGAGACGCAACCUGGCUUCGAGUACCCCCGGUCGACGACCGUCACCCACGAGUCUCUCCCGCUUGACAACCUCUGCGAAGACACGCAGUACCCCGACUACGCCCCGCUGCCCCUUCCACACCCCGACGCCGACUUCUCCCCCGCCAAACUCGACCUCGAAACUCCCCUUCCGCUCCCAACUCCUCGGCACCUCUCUUCGCCCAUCCGGCCACUCACGACGCCCGGCGCAUCGUCGUGGAAAGACCGUGUCGAUGUCGCUUGGGUCGGUGCGCGCCCGCUUUCCCCGAGCGCACCGCGCCAGUCCAGGCUGGGCGAGUUCUUCGCGCGUCAGGGCGGUGGCGAGGACGACGAGGUUGUGCAGGAUUCGCAGAUGGGUGGGGUAGAGGACGAGGGGGAGAUGCGGGCGUUGGAGAGGGCGUUGGUCGAGACGAGGGAGCGGAUGAAGUGGUGGAGUGCGUCGAGGAGUCGCAGCGCUACGCCGGCGGAGGCUCGAACCGCUCAGCCCGACCAGGUCGACGAGAUUGGCGAUCCGGACGAGGAGCAGCUUGACCAAGUCCCAGACUCGGACCCCGAAGACGACGCUUCCUGCCUUCCACUCGACGCGGCGCGUUCCGCCUCUCCUUCCGCCAUCGCCCCGCUCCCUUCCUCGCCUCAUGCCGCGCGACAGGGCACGGCAAGCCCGCUCGGCACGCCUGUCAAGGCGAGGUUUCCGCGGUACUCGCCCGGGAAGAUGCGGAGUGCGGUUGAGCGCUGGGAGGAGCGGGAGAAGAGGUCUGUGUCGGUCGAAGCCGGGGUGCAGCGUGUCGGUGGGACGAAGCAGGACGAGCAGCAGAAGGCUGAAGGCGAGGGCGAGACGCAGUGGGAGAGCUACUGGUCUUACCCCUCUUCCUCGCCCGACCCGCUCCUCCUCACCUCGACUUCCGCCGCUCGUGCCGCCGGCUCCUCGACUCGCCCUCGCUCGCCUCUUCCCGCCGUCCAGCUCAUGCCGCACCAGCGCGCGCUAAUUGACGAGAUCCUCGCCGAGAAGAAGAAGCGCAGGGCCGAGCGAGGCGCCUCGUCGAAGCCCAGGGUCAGGAAGGGUGACGGCGAAGACGAGUUCGUGUUGAGCGACGACGAGGACGACGUCCCCGAAGGGUACAGGAAGAACGAGAAGGGCGAGUUGGAGCGGAUUGAUGCGGACAGGUUCAAUGUCGACGCGAUGAUGGGCCCCGUGGACGAUAAAGAGGACUGGGGGGACACGCUGACGGGGUGGUAG